CCCUCCGUCCGCCGCCAGUGGCUGCCGGGCGCCCGCGCGGUUUUAUCAUUGGCGGCGGCGCUGCCUGCCAGGCUACGCUGCGUCCGGGUGCGCGGCGGCGGCUGAGCGUCGGCGGCGGGCCACGGUCUGUCAUGGAGGUGCUGGAACGGCGGGCGGCGGGAGCGUUAGCGUCAGCGUGAAGGCGGCGGCUGCAAGAGGUGGGAGGGGUCCGGCGGCCCCGCGGGAAGAUCUGUCAAGGAGAGCCGGUGAUUGGUCUGGACCUUGCUCACAGACUCCAUGUUGUCCCGUCUAGGUAAAACCGACCCGAGAGAAAUUUGGGGGCUUGCUGUUGAGCGACUGUGCUGCCAGGAGAUUCCUGCUUGUGACUGAACGAAGCAGGCGUGCAUCUGCUUGGAGCUGGAGAGGCGCAGGCUAGAUGGAUCUAAAGACAGCAGUGUUCAACGCAGCUCGUGAAGGCAAGCUGCGGCUCCUUUCCAAGUUACUGGCAAGCAAAACAAAAGAAGAGGUGGCCUUACUGGUGUCAGAAAAAACAGAUGGUGCCACACCACUUCUGGUGGCAGCCCGUUACGGUCACCUUGACAUGGUGGAGUACUUGUUGGACCAUUGCUCUGCAUCCAUAGAAGUUGGUGGUUCGGUGAGUUUUGACGGUGAGACCAUCGAGGGAGCUCCGCCGCUCUGGGCAGCGUCCGCUGCCGGCCACCUGAACGUGGUUCAGUCCCUGUUGGAUCGCGGUGCUUCUGUCAACAACACAACUCUGACAAAUUCAACUCCCCUCAGAGCUGCCUGUUUUGAUGGCCACCUGGAAAUAGUAAAGUACCUUGUGGAGCACAAAGCGGACCUGGAAGUAUCCAAUCGCCACGGGCAUACGUGCUUGAUGAUUUCCUGUUACAAAGGCCACAAAGAAAUUGCUCAGUAUUUACUUGAGAAAGGAGCUGAUGUUAACAGAAAAAGUGUUAAAGGAAACACCGCAUUACAUGAUUGUGCAGAAUCUGGAAGUUUGGAGAUCAUGAAGAUGCUUCUCAAGUAUUGUGCUAAAAUGGAAAAGGAUGGUUAUGGAAUGACUCCACUUCUGUCAGCUAGCGUGACAGGCCACACAAAUAUUGUGGACUUUCUGACCCAGCAUGUGCAAACCAGUAAGGCUGAGUGCAUAAACGCUCUGGAACUUCUAGGAGCAACGUUUGUUGACAAAAAGAGAGAUCUUCUUGGUGCUUUGAAGUACUGGAAGCGAGCUAUGGAAAUGAGAUACAGUGAUAGAACUAACAUCCUGAGCAAACCAGUGCCGCAAACACUAAUUAUGGCCUAUGCUUAUGCUAAAGAGGUAAACAGCUCAGAAGAGCUAGAAAAUCUUAUUGCUGACCCUGAUGAGAUGAGAAUGCAAGCUCUGUUAAUUAGAGAACGUAUUCUUGGCCCAUCUCACCCAGAUACAUCCUACUAUAUUAGAUACAGAGGUGCUGUCUAUGCGGACUCUGGAAACUUUAAGCGUUGCAUCAACUUAUGGAAAUACGCGUUGGACAUGCAGCAGAGCAAUCUGGAUCCACUGAGCCCUAUGACAUCCAGCAGUUUACUGUCGUUCGCUGAACUUUUCUCCUUCAUGCUGCAGGAUAGGGCAAAAGGCCUACUAGGCACUACUGUUACAUUUGAUGAUCUGAUGGGUAUACUGUGCAAAAGUGUUCUUGAAAUAGAGCGGGCCAUGAAACAAACCCAGUGUCCUCCUGAUCCAAUACAACUGAACAAAGCCCUUGCCAUCAUUUUGCAUUUAAUUUGCUUGUUGGAGAAGGUACCUUGCAGUUCAGAACAGGAGUAUUUUAAGAAACAGACUAUUUAUAAGUUUCUUAAGCUUCAGCCUAGAGGGAAGAAUAACUUCAGUCCACUUCACCUUGCUGUUGACAAUAGUACUACAUGUGUGGGUCGCUACCCAGUUUGUAAAUUCCCUUCUCUACAAGUUACUGCUAUCUUGGUGGAAUGUGGUGCUGACGUAAAUGUCAGAGACUCUGAUAACAAUAGUCCGUUGCACAUCGCUGCACUGAACAACCAUCCAGACAUCAUGAAUUUUCUCAUUAAUUCAGGUUCACACUUUGAUGCCACAAACUCGCAUAGAAAAACUGCUAGUGAUUUGCUGGAUGAUAAAGAAAUAGCCAAAAACUUAAUCCAGCCCAUAAAUCAUAUUACAUUGCAGUGUCUUGCAGCUCGUGUUGUAGUGAAUCGUAACAUACGCUAUGCAGGCCACAUCCCUGAAAAACUAGAGAACUUUAUUUUACUCCAUAGAUGAUAGUGUGACAUCCCAGAGCACUGUUUUCUCUGAAGCACGACUAGGUGACAGUGUUUUGCUUUGAACAAUGUUGUGAUACACCAGCAUUCUCUUAGCUUGCUCCAUCUUGCUUUCAUUAGUUAAAGCAUUGUUAGCAGCAGUGUGCCGGAGUUGGUUACCCAAUAUUUAAUGUAUGCCAUAUAUUAUAUUUUGUGGGUUAAUUAGAAAUGAAAUGCCAUAUUUAGACUCUUAAAACUGUUUGCCAAAGGCAUGUCUAUUCUGGUCUUAAUUGCCUGAUGGCUGUUUGGAACUGAGUUGAGUGUUUUCCACUGAAGUCUUAUACUAUAACUGUCGUGUGGAUUUUAUACAGUUGGAAGGUCAUAUUUUUGUUUCUUUUCUUGAGCAUUUCUACUCUCUUCUUUUCUAUGGACUCAUUGCUAAACUGUUUAAGUUGGAUGGACUUGUUAACAUUUGCAACUACCAUAAGUGCUUUUAUCUUUUCUAUGCACUGGUUGAGUUAUGACUGUUGCGUGUGAGCAUACUUCUAUGCAGCACUUGGCCAAUUUUGAACUAAAUGUAGAUUUCAUUUUGCAGUUUGUUUGGAGAUUUUUUGAGAAUGCUGGCUUCAUAGCAUGACGCAUUUUGGAACUAUUUACCAGUUCUCCAAACUUGGAUUUUACUUCUCUGAGUGCUGUAACUGAGGUUUCUUUCCUCUUGAUCCUCAGGAGAUUUCAGCUAAGUUUAGGAGAAGAAAAUCUUUCAUGUGGUAAUUUCCCUGAACUUUAAAUCUGAAAAUCAUUCUCUUGCACCAUACAGUUAGGGGAAGAGUCCUCAUUAUAUACAACUGACACCUUCCCCUUUGCAGUCAUGUCUUGCUUGUGCUGGUUAUGUGACUAGAUGUGAAGUUUGUUCAAAGUUUAACUUCAAACUUAACGAUACACUUUAAUGAGAAGUAGAUCAAAUGAAUGCUGUAGUUUAAAUUUACAAAUCAACUUUAGCUACAAAAGAAACUAAAGCAUGUUGGUGGCAUGACGCUUAUCAGUCCAGAUCUAGACAUCACUUAACAUUAUUUUGACUGCGUGGCUGUGUGACAAGGUAUUGGAAGUUCUAUAGAAGUGUCCCUUUUUUCAUUUUGAAUAUCUUUAUAAAUAUUUGCAUGUUCUUUUCUCUAGUGUGUCAGCUGUACUUUAAAAAAAAAAAAAAAAAGAAAGCAGAAGUUCUGUUGUGUAUAAAGCUCCUGAUGAAAGUACCUAUUUUUAUAAUAUUUGCACAACAGCUUAGCUUUUACAACAGAAAGGGCUCUUUUGACUUGUUAAAUCUAUAAAUGGAGAUCAUAAAUGUGCAAUUCAGGUAAAUAAUAUAAUUCAGCACUUUACUGUUGAUUAAUAGUAGAUUAUAUUAUGGCACAUUAGCCCUGCAAAUGUCUUGAAGUGAAAUUCAGUUCUGUUGAGUAGAAUAUGCUUGUAAGUUUCUUAGCCUAGCAUAUCGGAUAUUGUUGACUUAAGGUUUCAUUCCAGUGGUGGGUAGUAAGUGUACCUAUGGGCUCCUUGCUCCAGAGAUUCAGCAAGCUGGCUUAAGGCUUUUGUCAGAUUUAUAGAAAUUUAAAGGCCAAAUCAACUAGAUAAAGCUGUUAUAGGAGAGUAAUUUUUGAUUUUCUAACCUUAUGUUGGAACAUCUUUGUCUUCUGUGAAUUAAGUUGAGGAAGGGCAUGUUAGAAUAGUUCUUCAUUGCCUUCUGACUAUUUUGGGGUUCCUUUUGAAGUGUACACUACUAGCUUGGUCAUUCUUGGAAAAAAACACUGGAAUGUUUUUAAUCAAAGGUGUGUUGAAAGUGCCAUUGGUGUAUUGCCACUUUUAGGCUUUACUUAGAAGUGACUUUCACCUGUUUAUCCCAUGCCACAUGUACACUUUUGAAAGCCUGGGAAUUAAAAAAAUCCAGAUAUUACAAUGUAUUUGCAAGGUAAACUAUUGAAUUAGCUGGAUUUUUCUGAUUUCUGAUGAUUAAAACACGUGCCACCCAAACUGUCCUUUCUGAGAACAAUAGCUUGACUAUUAUAUUCCUUAUUUUUAAUUUUUUAUGCUUCUCUGCCACUUUGUAAGUAGAGGUAAUCAAGAAAUCAUGUCACAGUACAAAUAAUCCGCAUUAUUAUACCAACUCAUAAACAUACUUCUCUUUCUGUAGGUUACAGAAAGACAGAUUUUAACAUCUUUAGAGUUUUAUACUCUGGAAUCUUACUUGGUGAUUUUAGUUUAAAUUUGUCUUUGUAAUUUUCUAAUAACCAGCUUAAAAUCAGUUAUUUGGGCAUUGUUAGUCCAGAAAUAUAAUCCCCCAAAAACCUGUUAACUGUUAGCAAACAAUGUCUGUUCUACUGAAUGGAAGACAUUUGCAAAAUGGUUGGAGAGCAGAUCAUCAUUAAGCAUAUGUAAAUCCAGUGGAGACUUAAGUUUUCAGGGAAGGCCUAUUCUGCGAACUAUUUGCUCUAAUUUUAAAAAACUAUCUUCUGUGAUAGAGAGUACUGACUUAUUGUGUAUACUUCUGCCUAAAUAUCUAUUGACGUAUGUCAAUUCUGAAGAGCAUCACCUCCACUCAGAAGUUAAUUUUCCGUGAUGUUGAGGCUAUCUGCUGAAAGCAGUGUUGUGAUUUUUUUUACCAGAUACUUGAUGCAUUUAAUUGUCUUUUCCGUUUCCUUCUUGACCCGUGUGUUUACAUUACUCUUUAAUUUUUGCUUCAUUAAAAAAAAAAAAAAAAAAAAGUCAGUAUAGGGCCUGUGUCAGAUAAUAUGUCAUGGAUUAAUUUCAGGAUGUUUUUAUUAGGAGAGGCAUGCUCAUACCGUUGUGGCCAGCGCUGAUGGGAAGUAACAGAUUUUCCCUCAGCUCCCUGUUCAGCCCAAUGUUGUCUCCACUGCAGUCUAGAUAUCGACCUUCUGGAGGAGAGGUUCUGUUUUUUUUUCAGUCUUGUUACUCAUUCAGAGGUGGCCGUAAAAUGAUUUUAGUGAAACCUCUUGAUGUUCAACGCAGUAGUGCAGCUAGCUGAAAUUGAUGUGGUCAGGGCAAUGAACUAAAGAGCGUUUAGAAUACAUUCAGAAUACAGAUUUUUUUUGUUGUAAUUUUAACUAUUCUUGUCAUAUCUGGGCUUUUCUCUGGUGGAGUUUGCAGUUCCUGAGCUACCAGCACAAAAAUGUUGAGAACACUGUGGAAAAAAAAAAUUGCAAUGCUCAGCAAGGGUGACACAGGUUUUAAAACUGAUUAAGCAGUUUACAAGUACAAAGAUACCUCCUUGCUUGUUAAGACCUCUUAAGGUGUAUUUGGGGAUUAUGAGGAGGGAGCAGGGAUAGAAAUACUCAUUGGAGUUUUUCUUCCGUUCUUCUUGGGCUUCAACAGAAAUACUUCAGCCAGGCAGAUGAACAGUACUGUAGUAAAAAAGUGAGAUGCUGUUCUUAUCAAAUUCUAAAGUUAUAUUCCUGCUCUUGUAUCAUACUGGUAACAAGGUUCCAGCUGUCUGUGAUGUCUCUGUUCUUUUUAAGUGCAAUAUGAAUGCACUUUCUGAAAUGCAAGGCAACGAUUUGUUUUCCGUUUGUGCUUCACAGCAGUCCCUGGCUAGGAAGUUAUUUUGUGUAUUUCUGAAGUCCUCAAAAAGUUCUCUCCUAAUAAAUGUUUUGCAGCUCAUUGAAAUUAAACUUUCAAUUUUUUUUAUAAAACACUUAAAAUUUAAAAAAAAAAAAGGAAAAAAAACACUUUAAAAAGGAAAAAAAAAAAAAAAAGGAAUAGAAUGCCAUAGCAAAAUCUUUACAAAAGUAUUUUAAAAGGGGAUAAAAAUGUGCCUCUCCUCAGUUUUAUAUCAACUGCAAGGUGAUGGUGGCAAAACAUGACUACUGUUGAAAGAGCUUCCUCAAGCUUUGGAAUAUACAGAGUGGAAUGCAUGUUAUACUCUGAAUUGUUGAAAGAUGUCCAUGUAGAAUUAACACUAACUUCUAUUUUCUGUGACUGCAAUAAAGUCAAGUGGUAUUUGAUGUUUCAAAGUAACUAUGAGGAAAUUAAUGGGAGACAUACUAGACUGUCCAUAACUCUUGGCUUCGAGUGUGAAUGUACUUGUUGAACCCUCAGUGAGGGCAGAAUGAAAAGGUAUUAUUUGUUUGGUUUUAAUUGAUUUUGUAUUUGUUCCAUUCUACCACAAGGAAUUCCUGUGCAGGGUGAGCUUCAUGUAUGGAAACAUUGCAGUUUCUUUUUUACGUGAAGUAAUUUAGCUUUAGCAUCAAUGUAAAAAAAAAAAAAAAAAAAAAAAAAAAAAAGAAUAACAAGCAUAUUUCUGUGCUUACAUUCUCUUGAGGCUCUAGAUGCAGAUUAUAUUAAAAAUAUGUUUUGGAGAAUACCUGUCUGAGUCUACAAUAUCCCUUUUCUUUCUUCAGUGAUGGCUGAUACGCCUUUCUAAGUUGAAGGUAACUGAUGUCAAUGAUGGAGCUUUAGACUUUUGUUUUCAUGUCAUUAAGGGAUUGUACCUGAAACAAAAUGCAGUGUUUCAUACCCUUUCUCACUGUGAAAUGGUGGUCUACUCAAACCUUUGUAUUCUGGUAAUGGGCAAUAGUUAGGAAAAGGCUUAAACUGAGAGAUUAUAUCUAGAUGAUGUCUACAGAGGUUGUCUAGGCCAGUUUCUAGGUAAUGCAGUUAGCCAUGCUGUCUACCUAUGCAAGCGUAUUGCUAGCUUAUAGCACAAAAGAAAUUGGCAGGACCUUCUAAUAAAUGAACAACACAUAUUUAAGAAAGUUGGGCAGAUUAAUUGUUUUAAAAUUCUUCUCCUUAUUGCUUGCACCAGUUGGAAAAAAAGAAAAAAAAAAGUAUUACAAAGGUAAGAGAAAAACUAAGAGAGGAUCUUUCUUGAAAGGAACUGCAGAAUGGAAGACUUUCACGAGCAUUGCUGUUGUGAUUGCAGAAGAUCCGUGUAGUCAGACAUGGUAGUCAUAAUCAUAGGAGGUAGUGUCCAAUUCAGACAGCUGAAAUUUUAGUUUUAGGCCAAGUCAGUAACACAUGCAUCAAAAAAUGAUGCUCUGGAUGAGAUAAUCUGAUUCAGAGCUUUCACACACUUGUUGAACAGAUGGCUUAAUAAACUGAGCAUGGAUUCACUUGGUUAGGAAAGGGAAGAACCGGACAAUAAUUUAUGUUGUUUUUCAUCCCUUUGCAAUUGCAGAUGAUGCUAGCUGUUUCAUCUGGGAGCGUCCACUUGAGCUGUAUGGCCAUGCAAAGUGCUUUUUGGCAAUAACAAAUGCUGGCUAUCAGUUGAAGGUGAAAAUUCACAGUCUCACAGGGAGAGAGCAAAAGAGGCCAAGUCAGUGGUUGGUUACUCUGCCAAAGUCUAUGCACUUGUGUUUAUUUUUUUUCUUCCCCCCCCAUGUAAUUUUCCAAGGGCCACAUACAUGAAUGGUGAACAAGGCCACACCUCCCUCCACUCCUUACCUUACUGCUUCCUCUGACAUGAAAGAAAAAAGUUGAUAAGAGUGGACAUGGAAACUCAAAAGUUACAAGGGAAGAUGUUGUGCAUAAAGGAGGAAAAGACAGAAUUGCUUUCUGACUCUUACAAGUGCCUGUCUGAAGUAUGAGGCUGUGGUGUAAGCAGCAGCCUUGUCUCCCAGGGGGCUGUAGGAAACAUGGGUUGCUGUCUGAAAUUCUAAGGAUUCCUUCCAUUGCAUGUCUUGAAGUUUUAUCUAGUUGUAAGUUCCUUGCCAGAUUUUUCUUCCUAGGUCUGUUUGGCACUCCAGGCCUUCAGUGGUUAAGAAUUUAAUUCCCAUUCAGUGUUUAUUUUUUACACCGUUACUUAUGUUCAGUAGUUCAACAGUUUCAGUGCUUCUUUGUCCUUGAUGCAGAGAGUUAUCCUCUCAGUGUUCAAGCGAAAGGCCACACAAAUGCUCAAAUCAAGCUUUCUUAGCUGUAAGGAUGAGCAAACAAAAUCAUCCAGUCAGUUCAGCCAAUCUUUCGAUGGUUUGGUUUCUCCUUUUUCCACCUCCCUCAACCUGCUGGUCACACUUCUCUUGAUGCAGCCCAGGGUACGGUUGGCCUUCUGGGCUGCAAGCACAGUUACAAUAAAUAACUUUCUCUUGAGGUAGUGUAGCUUGUACUGUCCUGAUCUAGUUCUUGUUAGAUACUAUUUCUUCCUUUCAAGUACUGCAUUAGCCUAACUGUAAAGAGAGGCUAAAUGUUCUGUGUCCAAGACAGAUUGUGUUGUCCUCCCAUAGUUUCAGCUUGAAACUUACUUUUCUGCUUUGCUCCCUUCUCACACAUAUGAGUACCAGAAUUGCACUGCCUCUCUUAAAUUUCUCUCUCUGCGGCUUUGCUAGCUGUAGUCUGGCAAUUCUCUAUUUGCUAACCUGUAUGAUUAAGUUCUAAACUAUCUGUGUGCUGCUUUCUGGCUUCAUACAUCAUGCUUUUUGUUCCAUCACGCUUAGUAUAAACUUCAGGGAGCUGAAAAUAAAUGAAUUGGGACCCACUGUUAAAUAUUAAAAUUCUCACUGAGGGAGAUGGUCGGCGAGUCGCUAAACCAGGAGUGUGUAUGGCUUAUUUCAGUCCCAGCUCAUGUUAACUUUGGCACCAAAGGGCGGGUUGUCCUGCAGCAUGGCUGGACCCUGCUGAGUGAGCGUGCUUCUGAAGCAACUCUUCCAUUGCCCUCUCUUCCUGUGCUAUGGUUCACAUCACGUAGUUGUUUUAUGCCCUGACCCGGAUUCCUUUUGAAUGAAGCUAAGCUGAAAGGUGUUUUUUUACAAGCUCACCUAACAGGUACUUGGCACUAACGGGGUGUUCAGUUUGUGGGGUUAGACUGUAAGCUGUUCUGAAAUGAGUGCUUUUUCAUCUCAUUUUCCACUUCUUGACCCCAGAAGUGUGCUGUACAACUUUUGGUCCUCUGCACCAACUGUGUUCUACAGAUCUACUCCUUCCUAAUACAAACGUAGUCAUAAUUUUGUCUCUCUUCCUGCCUUAAGUGCAGGUUGACACACUGUUUGGUGUUUUUUCCUCUUGCUUUUAAGUGGUUACUGCACUUCCAACGUAACACCCCAUAAUUUGUGCAAUGGUUUGAGCUGGAAAGUGAGAUAAUGCACUUGAUUGCUAUGGUGCACCUACCACAUCAUUAGCUGUUGGAAAAUGAAUCAGCCAUACUGUACGUGCCUGACAGCAUGACUGACCUUAAUGCAAAUGCUGCCUUGAAAGCGUCAGUAGUUUUCUCAGUAGACUGCACAGAAGGCAGAGAUCCUGACAGCAGUUUCCACUGUAGAACUGGCACAGGCUUGGCUGUUCCACGGCAUCAGACCAUCCACAUAGGACUAGGAUACAACCACAGGAGAAGUCUUUGGUAUCCCACUUGUUGUUUGACAGCAGCAGCUGCAGUUGCUGGUCAGGGCAGGCUGUGUAUUUGUUACGCCACAUGUCAUAUAAUCCUUCCACUUGCUCAUCCAGGUGGUGCUGUCUGACCAACUGGUUUAUAGCCUCAUUUCUCUUCAUUUCAUGAUGGCUCAGAAUAAACAGCAGAAUUGACUGAGAUGGACACAAUGAGAA